GGCGACAACAAUUCAGGCACUUUUGCCGGCCGCCAAGUCUUUGCUGCAUCGACGGUUUUCAUUGCCUAGGAUAACUUAAAGUGUGUCAGUAGCCUCGGCACGAGCUUUAGCGACGCGCCCCUCAUCUGCGACGCGACAAUCUCCAGGAGGGAGGGGCCAUGACUUCAAACUAUGAAUACUUUUUAAGAAGUCCAUCAGGUGGCCAAGGAAAACGUAUCUUCAGUCAGAACGAUUUGAUCCAUCUGUUAACGCCGAACCAGUUUCUCCAGUUGUGACACAAUGAAUUUUGAGCUUCCUUCUGACGUCAAGAAGUUCCUUGCCGAUAUUGACGACUUCAUUGAGAAAAAGAUUCUUCCUCUACAACACAAAGGCGAUAACAAUCGGUUUUUUGACCAUCGCCGAGAGUUUGCGAGAACAGACUUGAACAAUGGCGGACUACCGAGCGAAGAGUGGGGGAAUCUCUUGAAAGAGGCUCGGCGGCUGGCCGACGAAGCGGGCUUCUACCGCUUUGCUUACCCCAAGGAGCAUGGAGGCUCCGAACACCCAGACUUGAAUCUCUACAUGUGUGCUGUGCGAUACCACCUAGCUUCGCAUCCUGUAUAUGGAGGCGGCCUUAGUCUUGCCAAUGACCUCCAAACUGAGCAUAGUGUGGUUGCAAAUACUCCCAUCAGCCUUAUGUUUCAACAUUGGGGAACUCAAGCUCAGAAGGACAAGUACAUUCCGGCUAUGCUCCGAGGAGAAUUUCGUUCAACAUUCGGCCUGACUGAAAUUUUCCACGGUUCGGAUGCUACUCAUAUGGAUACGACGGCCACUCCGAUUACGCUACCGAAUGGUGAGCCUGGUUACGAAAUCAAUGGUAACAAAAAGUGGCAAAGUGGUAUGCACCACGCUACCCAUUGUCUUGUAUUUGCUCGAACGUCGGGAAAGAAAGGUUCACCCAAAGGCAUCACAGCUUUCAUCGUUCCCCGAGACGCACCAGGCGUUACUGUAGACUCAUUCCAAUGGACGCUAAACAUGCCGACCGACCACGCAACAGUCAUUUUCGAUAAAGUUAAAGUCCCUGCAUCAGAAAUAUUGGGUCCCUUAGACAAUGGCUUGAGUAUUGCUCAAACAUUUACACAUGAGAACCGUAUACGUCAAGCAAGCUCAAGUUGCGGUGCAGCGAGGUAUUGUAUCGACAGAAGUGUCGAGUAUGCUAACAAGAGGACCGUAUUUGGCAAAGCCCUAUCCACCAAUCAGGCUAUCCAAUGGCCCCUUGUGAAAUUGGCGACGCAGGAGGAAAUGUUGAGACUGUUGAUUUUCCGGACUGCUGUUGAGAUGGAUCAGGUCCAGCAAAGAUGUUCUAAAACGGGCGAAAGACCAUGGGUUGCAAUUGAGAGAGAACUUGGCCACAAGAUUGGUAUGUGUAACUGGUAUGCAAAUCAUUUGGUGUGCAAAGCCGCAGAUAGAGCUAUCCAAAUCCAUGGCGGAAACGGAUACUCUCGCCACUAUCCAUUCGAACAUAUUUGGAGACAUUUUAGGCGAUACAGAAUUACAGAAGGGAGUGAGGAAGUACAAAUUCGCAAAGUUGGAGCGUAUCUAUUUGGGUUCAAGAGCACAGGGCUUGAGGAGAAAAAGACUGUAUCGAAACUCUAAAAUUUGUUUCCAUUUUGUCACACUUACAUAUUUUGCGGUCGAUAAUUUUUUACGUAGCUAGGUUCCUAGGCCAUUUGGAACUGAAAACGAAUUUGUAGCGAUUCUGAUAAUCCGUAAUGGAGUAAAGUCUUUUAUUCU